UAUAUUCAGUGCUCAUAUUUGCUACUACCUUUAACUAAAUGGAUAAUUUGAACUUUUUCUUUUCCCUUUUUUUAUUUCUCCUUUCUCUUCCUCUCCUGGUUUCAUCUACGGCUACAAAACAGGUUUACAUAGUGCACUUUGGUGGGCACAGUGGGGAAAGAACAAGUGAAGAAAUAGAAGAAAGCCAUCAAAGCUAUCUGUAUGGUGUCAAAGGAGGAAGUGAGGAAGAAGCAAGGUCUUCACUUUUGUACAGUUACAAGCACACCAUCAAUGGCUUCGCUGCACUUCUCACUCCACAGGAAGCUUCCACACUUUCUGAGAAGGAGGAAGUGGUGUCAGUGAUUGGGAGUGAUCCAGAAAAGUACAGAAUGCACACGACAAGGUCAUGGGAGUUUGCAGGCGUGCAGGGUGCAAGAAAAUGGAACAAGGAGGACUUGCUGCUCAAGUCCAGAUAUGGGGACGAUGUUAUUGUUGGAAUGGUGGAUAAUGGAGUAUGGCCAGAGUCAAAGAGCUUCAGUGAUGAAGGGUUGGGGCCCAUUCCGGAAUCUUGGAGAGGAAUUUGCCAAUCAGGUCAUCAAUUCGACUCUUCCCAUUGCAACAAGAAAAUUAUUGGCGCAAGAUUUUACGUCAAAGCCUAUGAAGCAUCCUACGGCCCACUCAACAAGACACUUGACUACCGAUCCCCACGUGACAAGGACGGCCACGGGACCCACACCGCUUCCACCGCCGCCGGCCGGAGCGUCGACCGCGUCUCCGCCCUGGGAGGCUUCGCCCGCGGCACCGCCUCCGGCGGCGCUCCGCUGGCUCGGCUGGCGAUUUACAAAGUGUGUUGGGCCGUGCCGGGGGAAGGCAAAGAAGACGGCAACACGUGCUUCGAAGCCGACAUGCUCGCCGCCAUCGACGAUGCCAUCGCUGACGGCGUUAAUGUGCUGAGCAUUUCCAUAGGGACGAAAACUCCCACGCCGUUUCAUCAGGACGGCAUUGCCGUCGGCGCGCUUCACGCCGUUAGAAAGAAUAUCGUGGUCGCCUGCAGCGCCGGAAAUUCGGGCCCGGCGGCGGCGACCCUGUCAAACCCGGCGCCGUGGAUUAUUACCGUCGGCGCCAGCAGCGUUGACAGGGCAUUCUUGGCACCACUUGUGCUUGGAAAUGGAAUGAACCUCAUGGGGCAAACAGUAAGUCCAUAUAAGCUGAGGCGCAAGCUCUACCCACUGGUGUACGCAGCUCAUAUAAUCAAUCCGGGAGUGGGCCAGGACGUAUCAGGGCAGUGCUUGCCAGGUUCCCUUUCUCCAGAGAAGGCCAAGGGGAAGAUAGUCCUGUGUUUAAGAGGGAAUGGGACGAGAGUUGGAAAAGGAAUGGAGGUAAAAAGAGCAGGAGGGAUUGGGUAUGUCUUAGGCAACAGUAGGCCCAAUGGAGAUGAGCUCGUGGCAGAUGCUCAUGUUCUUCCAGCCACUGCUGUCAAUUACAGAAAUGCUCUCAAGAUUCUUAAUUACAUCAACUCCACCAAAGAACCAAAGGCCUAUAUUGUGCCCGCCAAGACAGUUUUGGACACCAAACCAGCCCCCUUCAUGGCUGCCUUCUCCAGCAGAGGCCCCAGCACCAUUUCCCCUGAUAUUCUCAAGCCAGAUAUCACAGCUCCAGGGCUCAACAUCCUGGCAGCAUGGAGCAAAGCAUCUUCGCCGACAAAAUUAGAUCAAGACAAACGUGUAGUCAAGUAUAAUAUCCUGUCGGGGACUUCCAUGUCCUGUCCUCACAUCGGCGGGGCAUCGGCCCUUCUUAAAGCCAUACACCCUGAUUGGAGCAGUGCCGCCAUACGAUCUGCUUUAGUAACCUCUGCGGGAAUCUCCAACAACCUAGGCAAGCCAAUUACCGAUGCAUCCGGCAAUCCAGCAGAUCCAUUCCAAUUUGGAUCAGGUCAUUUCAGGCCUACCAAAGCAGCCGAUCCAGGGCUCGUCUAUGAUGCAUCCUACGCAGAUUAUCUUCUCUACCUCUGCAGCAUCAAAAAUGCCACCAAUCUUGAUCCCUUAUUCAUAUGCCCUAAAGUUCUACCUUCUCCCAACUCUCUCAAUUACCCAUCUCUGGCAGUUCCCAAACUCAAUGGGACACUCAUGGUUUCCAGAACAGUCACCAAUGUUGGCAACAGCAGGAGUGUUUAUACAGUCAGUAUAAAUCCUCCACCAGGCAUUUCUGUAAGGCUAUCACCAACAAUAUUAUACUUCAAUCAAACUGGCCAGAAAAGAAGCUUCACCAUUAACAUAAGAGCUGAAACUGAAGCUGAGAAAGAUAAGUACCUAUUUGGACUGUACACUUGGUAUGAUGGUAUCCACCAUGUUCGAAGCCCAAUCGCAGUUUCAGUGGCGUAG